AUGCCACCCGCGCCGCUUAGCGAGACCGACGCGAACCGCCCCGCCGGGAAGCCCCCAGCCUCCAGGUCCCGCAAGCGCAAGUCAGACGCUACCGAUGGUGAUGCCGGCGCCGCCGCCACCGCCGCCACCGCGGAACCGGCUCCCAAAAAAAAGAAGACGACCAAGAAGGUCGACGAUGUGGGCCCCCUCCCAGACCUCUCUGGCAUCUACCUCGACGGUGACGAGGACAUGAGCGUCCGCAUCUACGACACCUGCGAAGACGUGCGUACCAAGAUCCGCCGCCUGCUCCGCCGGGGCGGCGUCACCAAGGCCGCCUUCCUGCGCACCCUCGUCAAGGCCGCCUACCCCCCCGGCUCGACGCACAAGAUCGCGUCGAACCUGCUUGACAACUUCCUGAAAAAGAAGGGCCCGGUCGCCGGCAACACGAGCAGCGUCUUUUACGCCGCCUACGUCUUCUUCGAGAAGCUGCGCAUCAGGGAUGAGAAGCCCAAGACCCAGAAGAGGGAAGAGAUGGAAGAUGAGUGGCCACUUGGCUUCGAGACCCGCGAGCAGCUGGACCGCUGCUCCUACAUCGUGGGGGCCGGCUCGGAGGUGGCAUUGAACGAGUACGGCAGGGCUGUCAGCUUCCGCCCGCGAGGCCGUGGCUUCUUCUGA